GGAAGAAGCCGGUGCACAGUGGAUGAAGAUCGUGAACCACCCAUUCACUGACGCGAUUGCGAAUGGAUCCAUCGGCAAAGAGGCCAUGAAGUUCUACUUGAUUCAGGACCACCGAUUCCUUGACAACUUUGUGAUUCUGCUUGCUUCGAUGGUUGCAAAUGCACCGAGUCUGAAGGACAGAAUCCCUGGCUGCCAGUUUCUUGGACUGAUCACGGGAAAGGAGAACACGUACUUUGAGAGAUCUCUUGAAGCACUUGGAGUGGGCGAAAAGGAGAGAUGCGAAACUCCGAAUUCAUCAGCAACGAACGGCUUCAUGGAGCUGAUGCUGAACACGGCAAGGAGCGGAAAAUACGACGAAAUGCUCUGUUUGCUCGUGGUAGCUGAAUGGAGCUAUCUCUCAUGGGCCGAUCGUGUGAAAGGAGGGAGGCUGUCGGAGCUCCCAUUCUGGUGCAACGAGUGGAUCGAUCUUCAUUGCGGCGAGUAUUUCGAAAGCGUCGUCUCGUACCUUCGAGGCCUUCUCGACAAAGCAGGAGAGACGAUGGACGACGAGAGCUACGCUAGAUGCAAGGCCGCGUUUCUCAGGGCGGUAGAUCUCGAGGUUGAGUUCUUCGAUCAAGCUUGGAGCUUGCACAAGUGAAUCAUUUUCUGCGAGUGAUCUAAAAGGAUUACUGGUCGCUGCUUGUCAGCAACUUGGAAAUGUGAACAUUAA